AUGCGCAUCACCCCCCUGCGCAAGCUCGGGCGUUGCGUCUUCGUGACAGUUGAACAAGCCAAGCUCAACGCGUCUCACUCCUUCCUUCCUUCUUCGCACUGCAAAGGCCCCACGUUGAAGCGCUCGUUCGCUCACCAGGCUACCGCAACCUUGCGAGCUUCAUUUGAGGGUGGUUCGCAAGAAGCUGGUCCUUCGUCGUUAUCGCGGAAUCAGCGUUCGAAUGCACCGGCAACACAACGAGCUACGCCAACGCCGCUAGUUUCCCCCCAGUUCAAAAUGCUCCCAUCUUCAUCUUCGUCACGCCGGGGAGCACCCAGAGGAAAGCGCGGCUCGCCGCUGGUUUCUAGUUCAGCAUCGAAUUCGCGUGGAAAGGGAAAACAGAAAGAGAAGGGCGACAGAGGGCGGGGUGAUAGAGGGCGCAGUGGAUUCGAUCCGCCGAUACACGAUAAAGCGUACAUCCUGAAGACAUAUCGAGGAAGCAAUCCACUGAAAGCGCAGCACGAAGACACGCCCAAGUCGUCGAUAGGCAAUUUCUGCAUGAUUGCGAUCUCGAAGCUGCCCGACUACAAAUGCACGCAGGGGACCGUAGUCGAGAGCAGCGGGAAACGGACACUGAUGUGGAGAACGACUGUAGUCAUCAAUGUGGAUCCACCUAUCGAGGGAGUCGGGGAUUCCACUGACAAGAAGGAAUCAGAGAAAUUGGCGGCGCUGUCGGCAGUCUAUCAGCUAGACAAACUAGGACUGCUGGAAAAUCCGCGUUCUCUCAACCCAUCGGCCACUGUCGCAUCGACUGCCACCCUUUCUGACGGCUCUAGUGUUACAUACGAACAAGCCCGCAGCUUCAUGGAUUACUACUGUCGGCGAUUUCGUUUCGGGAAGCCAGAUCUCACUUACAAUGCACUCCCUGGCUCGACGUGGGAGGCGGUCAUGACCGUCGACGAGCGGCGCAUCGGGCUGGGAAAGGGCCCAAACAAGAAAGCCUCCCAGACGGCCUGCUACCUCGACGUCACGCAGUAUCUGGAGAAAUGUGACUCGGAUUUGUGGAAGGCCUACGUCGAAGCUGCCAAGACGGGAGAUGAUCUAGGUUUGGCUCCAAAAGUCUUCUUCCAGGUGUCGAGCAAUGUGGCAGAUCGGAUACAGGCUCUGUGCGCGGACAUCAAGAAGAGCGAGCUCUACAAGAAUCGGCCGGCCCCUGGUCCCACAGAGAUUUCGGCUACAAUGGGCAAUGCGCCUCGGCGGAGACGUAUUGUAGGCCCUGAGGUUUUAGCGCAGAAGUCUCAGAAGCUUCUGCAACGCCAUGAAGCCUAUCUAGCCGACGCCAGGAUGGAGAGGAUGCGGACAACGAGGGCGUCGCUCCCCGUUUACACACGCGCUCGGGACAUCCUCGCACACGUCGCAGCUAACGACGUAACAAUCUGCAUGGCUGCAACUGGGUCCGGCAAAACGACGCAAAUUCCCCAAUUGAUCUUAGAUGAUUAUAUAAAAAGAGGCGACGGGUCUUCCUGCAAUAUCAUCUGCACUCAACCGCGGCGCUUGGCGGCCAUCAGUGUCGCAGACCGUGUUUCGAAGGAGCGCGGGGAAUCGUUAGGCCAUUCGGUUGGAUACCACGUCCGGUUCGAGAACAAACUCCCGGAAGACAAUGGGUCCAUCACUUUUUGCACCACUGGUAUUUUCUUGAAGCGUAUGCAUUCUGCGCUCUCCGGGAUCGGGGACGCGAUGUCUACAUCCGACCUCGACAGCGUCACCCACAUCAUCGUCGACGAAGUCCACGAACGCGAUCUCGAUACGGACUUGACGCUGGUGGUCCUGAAGCGAUUCCUCUCCGAUCGGAAAGCUAGGAAUAAGCCCCUGAAAGUCAUCUUGAUGAGCGCAACUAUAAACCCAACGUUGUUCCAGAACUACUUCCCGGAUACGCAGGGGAUGCCCGCUAAGGUCAUUGAAGUGCCUGGGCGGUCGUUCCCUGUGGUGAAGCACUUCUUAGACGAUUUCGUUCCCCAACUCGUCAGCGAGCAGCCCAAUCGCUGGGUGUUCUCCCAGGAACCCACGAUCAAGUAUCUCGUGAAGGAGCUUGGGGUGCAGCCUGCCGCGCAACUGGGGAUUCGACUGCAGCAGGGUGCGACGAUAAACGAUAAUGAACUCGAGCUCCCGUUUGCGUUCAUAGCGCUGACGAUCUCGCAUGUUCUGCAACGUACGGACUCGGGUCAUGUUUUGGUCUUCCUGCCUGGUUGGGAAGAAAUUCAAUCUGUUCAAAAGGCCCUACUGUCGCCACAAGGUCCUACACGACUUAACUUCAACGAUCGGUCAAAAUAUUCUAUUCAUCUCUUGCAUUCGUCCAUACCAUUACCAGAGCAACAGGUCGUCUUCGAGCCUCCCCCGGACGGCGUCCGCCGCAUCAUACUCGCGACGAACAUUGCGGAAACCUCUGUCACCAUCCCCGACGUCGUCUACGUAGUCGAUACCGCCAAAGUCAAAGAACAGCGAUACGACCCAGAUCGUCAUAUGUCCUCUCUCGUGUCGGCCUGGGUUGGAUCCUCGAAUCUCAACCAGAGGGCGGGGCGUGCAGGCAGACAUAGACCCGGGGAGUAUUUCGGCAUUCUCGGUCAAAAGCACGCUCAAGAGCUCCAUCCGCACCAAACCGUCGAAAUGAAGCGAGUCGACCUGAGCAACGUCGUCAUGCACGUUAAAGCUCUCGACUUCCCCGGUAUGGCCGUGGAGGACGUCCUCGCCGCCUGCAUCGAGCCGCCUUCCCCAGAACGCGUCGUAGCGGCGAUGAAGGACUUGUUCAUGGUAGGCGCUCUCGACGAGGAUCAGAACCUUACGUCUCUGGGACGGCUUCUGCUUCAGCUGCCAGUCGAGGUCCAGAUGGGCAGGUUGGUGCUCUACGGCAGUUUCUUCCGGUGCCUCGAUGAUGCCUUGACGCUGGCCGCUAUCAUGACCAACCGCGACCCCUUCGUCUCGCCUCUCCAUCGUCGCAAGGAGGCGCAGGAGCGGAAGGGCUCGUGGUGCCCCCCGGAGUGUCGCUCUGACGUUCUGACGACGCUUCGCGCCUACAACGCCUGGUGGGCCAUGCAGUCCCGAGGCGAGUACGUUUCGGCAAAUCGGUUCUGUUUGGACAAUUUCCUCGCCAAGCCUACGCUUCUGCUGAUUCAGAAAAUUAAGACCCAUCUUUUGCAGUCACUUAACCAAGCCGGUGUUCUUGAUAUCUCUGGAGGCGGCACUUUCGACGCUUCGAGUAGUAGAAUGCUCUCGGUGCCCCCUGAGCUUAAUACGAACAGAAACUCGAUCCCUGUUCUGCAAGCAUUGAUCACGAUUGCAUCACAACCAAAAUUCUCCAUUCGCACUGGUGAAAUGACUUACCGUACUCAACAAGACAAGAAAACCUUCAUCCACCCUUCCAGUGUGAAUCAUCGUAAACAUAUAGCCUCCGACACAGACGCUGAGUCGGCAGGGGAAAGGCAAUUGUUUGCUUUCUUGGAAAAGAGACAGAACGCGUCCGUUGUGGGCUCCACUCCUCAAACCUACCAGAUGACGACCACUCGCUUGGAUCCUUUGACUUACAUGCUUUUCGGUGCAUACAAACUUGAAGUCGUGGAACGCGGCAUCGAAUGCGACGGCUGGCUCCCGAUUGUGGGCAACCUCGAUGCUCUGGAUGACGUGCAGCGACUCAAGAUAUCGGUGGACGCCUGCAUGCUGCGUGUGUUCGAAGGCAUCACUAUGGCCCGCCGCCAGCGUCCCCGCCCUCCGACCUUGUCGCGCGACGAAGAGCCCCGAGAAGACGAAGACGACGAGCAAGGGAGGAGGGAUCUCUCUUUAUCGCGCAAUGAGAUCAGAGAGCUGGAUUAUCUUUCCAGGGAUAUCGUCAACAUUCUCAAAACCUACGCUAGCGAGCGGGAGCAAUUCCAAUCCCGCGCCAGCUCACGCUCCGUCACGCCCAUUGGCUCUCCAAUAGGCUCCCCCUCCUUCCCUACCAUGCGACUCCCCCGAUCAUCGUCCGGCUACUCUACCCCUGCUCACCACGGUCUGCCAUUCAGUUCAAGACCGGGCACACCGAGUCGGCUUUCCCGCCGAUUUUAG